AUGGCCCAGGAGAAGACAAACUGUUUGCAUCGCAUGCACGAGGAAAUCCGCCUGGCUCGAACGGCUGAAGCCAUCACGGAGUACCCGAAACAACUUCUCCGUCUAGUGGAAGAGGAGAUCUCGAUGCACUACAGACACGCCCAUGAAUGCCGACGACGCAUUGCCGCUGCAAAUCGGCAGCACUCAGACCCGGGCGAAGCUGCGGCGUACGAGCUCGCGCAUGCAGUGGCGGAAAAGAACAUCGUCAUUGCGCUGCGGGUUCGCGGGGCGUACCAUCAGGAACGACUGCGGCUCCUCGAGCGCAUGGCGGUCGAGUCGUGUGGACAGUUUGAGGCUUUCGAUGGAGACACAAUCGAAAAGCUCGCCGAUAGGGAGAAGCUGCAAUUAAAGCGGUUGUGCGAAUCGGAGCACCGACGAAGGGAGAAACUCGCCUGGAAGGUCGCCUCGGAACGAAACGGAAAGUUCACAGCGGUCGCAGACGUCGUGUUUGAGAAAGAUUGCUUGCUGGAGGAUCCGUGGACCGACGCGCCGCGAGACGAAGACGAUGCCCUGAGCUCCCCGUGGGGCGCGACCCCGUCAGAGAAGCCCCGAGUCAAGUUGUUCACGGCGGGGAGAGUUUGCCGCCUUCCGGUCCACAAAGCCGAACAGUUGUGUGCGCGCCGAGUCGUGCGACUUCUUCGCACUGUGGACUGCGGCUGGGUUCCACGGUCGCACGCGUUUUAG